AUGGCGCCACCAUCAGGCUCUCGGAUUCGUGCGACGGCGGCAGCCACCACUGGAAGAUCCUGCAAUGGUGCGACGAGCCCUAUGCCGGCGGCGGGCACGCCGAGCACCCCUUGCAAGGCCGAUGAGGGCUUCAGCGUCGCCGUCCGCGACGAGCACCAGCACUGGAUCGAGGACACGAGGUCCGGAGACAUAAUCAAGGACGAGGAUGGCUACGCAGCUUUCGCCCUCAUCAACAGGGCCACCGGCCAUGCCAUCAAGAAAUCUGAUGAAGCCAGGGAAGGCCCUGUAAUGCUUGUUCCAUAUGACCUGCACCACCUAGACAAGUCAGUGUUGUGGUCGAAGAGUGGUGACAUGAUGCAUGACUUCCAUUACAUCCGCAUGGUCGAUAGCAUCUGCCUCAACUUGGACAUCUGUGACGAAGGCCGCCACGACAAAUACCACAAAGGGGUGCAAGAUGGCACCAAGGUCAUGCUCUCUUAUUGGUGCGACGAGGGUGUGUAA